AUGCUAUCAUGGCUGUUGAUAGCAGGAUGGAUCCAGCUCAGUUACAGCCAUGCGAUAUACGCUUACGACACUGAGCGAACAAUCCAAGUCGGCGCCCAAGAUCAGACUACAGGAAAGAUCCAUUAUAGCAACUGCAACAGCAAAGACACACCCAUUUUCCCACUAGGCAAACCCAACAUCCUAGACGCAAAAGAGACACCGCGAAAUGGUACUGCACUGGCAGCGCAAGGUUGGUGGGACUUUGGCCAAGAAACCAUCAUUGCACGUUUUGCAUCUAUCUUCUGGCAGACUAAAGAUCAUGCCAUUGUAAACGGAUACUACACUUGCGAUAUGAAGACAGGGAAACUUGUUCGCAAUGGAGAGUAUCGUAUCUCGGAAACUGCAGAAGUCAGCUCUAUCCACAAUGAAUCAGGUCUUGCGGUCGACCUUCUGGGAGCCGACAAUGGAUAUCGUGUCUUUUAUCACAACGAAUACAGGAAUGUCAUGAUGUUGCAUUAUACCCAGUUCACUGACUGGACUGAUGGUGGAUUUGUGUCGCAGGACAAUGCAACAGGAAUAGCGCUCGGAUCUGCUCUCAUUGACAAGGAGAAUAUGACAGUCGCUUUUCCUCAAGGUGACGAGGAUAUCGAGGUAUCUCGCUUGGAGAAAGCUGGACAAUGGAGAUUAGACUCCUUUCCAACGAAUCUUGGAGGCACAUUCACCAAUGACUCUACAAGUGUUACCCCAGUCAACCUCCAGUCAACCCCCAGCUUUUCGCUGCCAGCUUGGAACUCAUCCCUCGAAGCCCUAGCCUCAGCGAUAGACCGAUCCCGAAAGCGAAGCAUCUUCUACAUUGGCACCGACAGAAAGCUCUACGAAAUUGAAGCAAAGAAAGACACAUGGGAGAUAGCAUCCAAUCAGACCAGUAAAGCUUGGCCCCUCGCUGAUGACCCCAACUCUGGUCUGGCGGUAGCAUACAACCAGCCCGACGGCAAAGUGUGGAUGUACUACUGGUCUAACAAGACCAUUGUACAGACAUACAGGAACUACGAUGGAGACUGGGAAGAUGCAAAAGCUUUGCCUCAGGAAGAGCCGCGCAAAACUGACACUAGCAAACCGGCAGAGGAUGAUACUUCUUCCUCCUCGGGCUUAAGCACAGGAGCAAAAGCUGGAAUAGGCGUUGGAGUCGGUGUCGGCGCUCUUCUUGUCGGUGUUUUGGGCUGGCUCUGGAUGAAGCGCCGCAACAAGAAGAAGGCCUCUGAUGCUUCUGAAGCGGGGCGAAGUCCUACGGAUUCGAACUUUACGGAGGUCAAAAAGAACCCUUUGGAGAUGGAUGGUCAUGGAAGACCUGCUGAGUUGUACAAUGAACCUCCUGUUUAUGAACUACAGGGUCAGCAUGCGAGAGAAUGA